GCCAAAAAUGAAAAGAAAGCUUGAAGACAAUGAAAAACAGAAGCAAAAAAUCAGUUCUAAGGUUAAGAAGUUGUCAAGAAAAGGAAGAAUUAUGACAUGUCAACUAUGCAAGGGAAAUGGACAUAAUAAACGAUUUUGUCCUACACUAUCAAGCCAACAAGAAGAAUCUACCAGUUCUUUUGCUGUUAGAGGAAGAGGAAGACCAUCUACUGCUGCAAGGGGGAGUGGUAGAGAGAGAGAGAAGAAGGGGGCGGGGGAGAGGAAGUGGAAGAGGAAUAGACUUGUCGCAGGAAAGCUUAGUUGGAAUGUCAGCUUUCAUAGAGUGAAGCUCAAUGGAACCAUGCUUGCAGAUGAAGAUUGAUGAAGUCACUUAUUUUUGUGUUUUUGUAUAUUACUAGCCAGUGUUUAUGUAUUCACUUC